GGAGGUUAGAGAGUCACCUGGUGGCCAAAACCGAAAGCUAACACUCGGCAUCGCCCUCCCACUGCUGCCGGUCGUCGCGGGAGACGCCACCAACGCCCAGUAGGACCAAGAGCUCACACUAACUGUAUUAUACGCGCGCGUAUGUGUGCUUUGCGAUGGAGUUCCCGAUCUGCUUUUUACGUGACAGUGAUUUUCCUCGGCGCAGUGUUAAGUCUCGGAGAAGGAUCAAGAGAAAACUUAUUGAACCCCGAUGACGUACUGAAAAUCGAGUUGGAUCAUUUAUACGUGGAGUUCGAGCAGCUCUGGGGUGCUUUUGGCUCUGAACAAACAUCGCAGGAGCUUCAUAAAACCGCCGACGGAAGCACAAUAGAUUCAGAACGCCACAUCUACAGAGACUUCAACACAACCUCAGAUAAUGUUCACAAAUCAGAAACUCCUGCAGCCACGGACGUCCCCGUUAGAAGAACGCCGAGAGGAAGCCCACCCAAUAUUUUCCGGAGAAAGAAGGUCCCGAAACGCUGCAUGGGGUCAGGUGCUGCUUCUGUGUUUUCAGGAGGCAACGCUCUCAAUUAUAUGAGCUUUUUGGUCACCGUCAGCACCCUCAUUCUUAAUAUCAAUAAUAAUAUAAACAAUAACAAUAAUAACAACAACAACAACAAUAAUAAUAAUGUUGAUAACAGUAAUGUCAACACAAACCUCAACGCUAACAAUGCAAAUCAGAUCAACAUCAUGCCCCCGGGUCGACGCAAGCGACGUAGCCGGACGAUAGAUGUCGCUGCGUGGGUGAUGACGUCACGGGAUAUGUGUCCGGCUCCUCCCAGCGACGGUUUGGUAGAUGCCGUGAACUUCCUGGAGAAGGCGCUGACGGGAAAGUUCAAGAGUCUCGCGAUGCAGUAGCAGUGUCUGUGUCGUGUGUGUUUACGCCCGUGAUUUCGAUACAAGGGAUUCCAUUUCUUUAUAUGGUUUCCCUCUUUUUAUUUUCUUUAUGUCCUUGUUAUUUGUGUUUCACUUGUAAUAAAAGU